AUGGCCGCUAAGUUUAUCAUCGUCCUCUCCCUUGCCGUCGCGGCCUCUGCUAUUCCCCUUGUACCUUUGGCCAAGGUGGGGUACGCCGAACCCGACGAGCCGGCACACUACGAGUUCCAAUACUCUGUACACGAUGAUCACACCGGCGAUAUAAAGGAACAGAAAGAAAGCCGGCAAGGAUACGCUGUUCAAGGAUCUUACUCCCUCGUCCAACCCGAUGGUGUACUUCGUGUGGUCGACUAUACUGCCGAUAAGGAGAGCGGUUUCAAUGCUGUCGUGCGUUACGAGGGUCAGCCAAAACCUGCUCCUACUAAGAUCCUAGCUGCCCCCGUUGCCAAAGUGGCCUACGCUGCUCCUGUUGCCAAGAUCACCUAUGCUGCUCCCGUUGCGAAAGUAGCCUACGCCGCACCCGUUGCGAAAGUAACCUAUGCCGCACCCGUAGCCAAACUAGCCUACGCCGCCCCCGUAGCUAAAUUCUUCGUUGUCCUCUCCCUUGCCGUCGCCGCCUCUGCCAUCCCCCUGAUCCCAGUGGCCAAGGUAGCUUACGCAGAGCCAGAGGCACCAGCGCACUACGAAUUCCAAUAUUCUGUGCACGAUGGUCACACCGGCGACGUAAAGGAACAGAAAGAAAGCCGCCAAGGAUAUGCUGUUCAGGGAUCUUACUCACUUGUGCAACCCGACGGUGUCCUCCGUGUUGUCGACUAUACUGCCGAUAAGGAGAAUGGCUUUAACGCUGUCGUGCGCUAUGAAGGUGAACCCAAGCCAGUUCCUACUAAGAUUCUAGUUGCACCCGUCGCCAAGGUCGCCUACGCACCUGCACCCGUAGCGUACUCCCAUCAAGCUCCCUUCGCGUACGCCGCUCCCGUAGCCAAAGUAGCCUACGCCGCUCCUGUUGCCAAGGUCGCCUAUGCUGCUCCCGUUGCCAAAUUAGCGUACGCCUCCCCCGUGGCCAAAGUAGCCUACCCCACCCCCCUCGCCUCCGUCAGUUUCUCUUCUCCCGCCAUCUCCUACCACCACUAG